AUGUCAAAUAGUGAAAGCGGAUCAAAAAUAGAGUUAGAAUUUGAGGUUGUUCAAAAUGGUAUUUAUGGUAAGAAGGAUUUCAGAGAUGCUCUCAUUUUGCAAUCAGCAAAGGAUUGUCCAAGUGUAGCAAUCAAAAAGGAAGUAGAAACACACACUAAUUUUGAUACACACGUGUUGGUUUAUGUUUCAUCAGGAAAUAAACCAACUGGUGGAUAUAGUGUUGUAGUAAAGAAAGCACAAUAUGAUUCCGAAAAGAAGGCAAUUGUUGUGCACGCAAAGGAUGCUGAACCAAAGGAUUCCUGUGCAACAAUGGCUUUGACUGUGCCAUUUUCUGUCAUUCGUGUAAAGAAACUUGAACAUCCAUUUGAAAAGGUAAAGCUCAGAUGGAUGAAAAAGAAAUCAUCAAGCCACGAAAGUCAGCACGAAUAAAGCAAAAUAAAU